CAAAGACAUCAUAUGUAUAAUCAUUACGUUAAUAAUAGGCAGUGAAAAUAAGCAAAUUAUACGCAAACUAAAAUAAGUUCAAGGCAAAAUUAAUUGAUUUGAGAAAAAUACUGAUAACAAGUGAACAGUUCAAUAGGAAUCGCCAUUUGAUUGCAUAAACUAUUGGAUUCACGUAAUUAUGCGGAAUCAGAGUCCGGACAAAAUCUGCGAGAUAUGUGGCAAUAAGGGAGUCGGCAGAAAUUUCGGUGCUAUUACUUGCGAGUCUUGUAAAGCCUUUUUUAGGCGAAACUCGUUGAAAAAUAAGGAAUUCAUUCAAAAUGACAAACAAAAAGAGUUGAGAAGAAUAGCCAUCGAAGAGAACAAACGAAAGCGAAAUAAUGGCCACAAAUUGGCGAAGACUUCCUCGACAUCUGAUCAAUCCGAUGAGAUCAAUGGUGUGUCGGUUGACAUGUUUUCCAAGAUAUUUGAAAACAAUAAAAAGAUCUACAAAGACGUGAUUGCACUCAAUAAGUGCAUCAAUGAUAGCAUGGAUGUCGCACCGAUUGAUAUGAACCAGAAGUAUGUAUUCAACCAAUUCAUCACUCCUUUGCUGCGACCCAUUAACACAUACAAGGAGUGGUCGGACGGCGAGUAUAAGUGGGUGACCGACCUAUCCCUGGCCUCCGCGGUGUUUAGGAACCCGUCGACCCAGAAGUACAUUAAGGUGCAGACCAUUCACCAGUUUUACCAGUUGUGGGGCAAUCGCAUUGAGUUUGACACUCAAAAUAUAGUCAAAUUUACGAAAAGUCUGACACAAUGUUCAAACAUUUGCCACAAUGACCAGAUUGCCCUGGUCAAGUACAGCUCAAUGGAGCUGAUUGUACUGCGAGCUAACAUCUACUAUGAUGAGCAUGCUAAAAACUGGACUCAAUAUAUUGACGACGAGUACUCAUUCGUAUUUCCCAUGCAUUUACUGAUACCUGAAAAGCGAGACCUGUAUAACUCGUAUAAGAAUUACUUCAACAAAAUGCUGCCCGAAUGGAACAAGGACAUUGUUAUUCUGGACUUGUUGUCGGCUAUAGUGCUGUUUAAUCCUAACCGUCCCAAUAUGGUUAACAGGGAAGCCGUUAUGGCCAAGCAGAAAAUGUAUGUCUAUUUGCUUCAGCGCUAUCUUAUGAUUAAAUAUCACUGGGAAUGGCAGUCGAAGUCAAAGAUGGCAAACCUGAUGAACUCGUUGCCAGACUUACAGCUCAUCAGUGCCAUCGAAGUCGAGAACGGAGUCGAAGAGUAUUUGCAUUAUUUUGGACCCUUAUUAUCAUAUACUAAACCACAUGCAACCCAAGUAUCAACUCAAUUAUGGACGAGGAGUUCCUGCAAAGCCUUGUGUGCGAAGACAGGAAGUGACGGCAAAAGUGCCAAAAAGAAGGGCCCGAAGAAGAACGACAACAGAGAGGACUUGUCGGGCGAUGAUUGA